UCCCCUUGUUGCUGCAGUCACAUCGCUCGGAGCAGCCCGAGAGGAGGUUUUCUCCUAUGUUUAGAUGUUCUCCUGUUAUAGACGUGUGAUCUUUUGGGAUACAUUUUCUACAUAAUAGUUUGCGGCCUCAUUGGUCUUCACGUUAAUAUUCGUGCGUUAGCAGUGGAAAGCAUUGAAUGAAUGUCGCUGAAUAAGAUGCUUUGACAACAACUCAUUCUUGCUUCAUUUCCUAGUUUUAAACUUCUUUACCCAACAUUUGUUUACUUGGUAGUGUUUGCAUUUUGAUUUUUCUGCAACUUUAAUAAAGAUAGUUGUUUCAUUUUACUGGAGUGAGCAAGCGAGUAUCCUGUAGCGUUUUGGAGAAGAAGUCUACGGAGCUGUGUUAUGGCUUUGUGAAACUUCAAUCAAAACACCGGUGAAGAUGAACAGGAAAAAGGAUAAAGGAUUUGAGAGCCCCCGUCCCUUUAAAUUGACUCAUCAGACGGUGUGCAUCAACAACAUCAACUUCCAGAGGAAAUCUGUCAUUGGCUAUGUAGAGCUGACCAUCUUUCCCACAGUGGUGAACCUCAACAGGAUCAAGCUUAACAGCAAACAAUGCCGGAUCUACCGAGUCAGAGUCAAUGAUCUGGAGGCUCCUUUUAUUUACAAUGACCCUACGCUCGAAGUCUGUCACCAUGAGUCCAAGCAGAGGAACCUAAAUUACUUCUCAAGUGCCUACACAGCAGCAGUCAGUGCAGUGGACCCUGAUGCUGGACACGGGGAGCUGGUCAUCAAAGUUCCUUCUGAGCUCUGGAAGCAAGGAGAUGAUUUGAAGGUUUUAAAGGUCUACAUAGAAUUCUCCCUGGAUCAGCCUAAAGGAGGACUCCACUUUGUUGUCCCUGAUGUGGAGGGCAGCAUGGCUGAGAGGGCAGCUCAUGUAUUUUCAUUUGGAUACCAGAACUCCACCAGAUUUUGGUUUCCCUGUGUGGACUCUUACUCUGAGCUGUGUACCUGGAAGCUUGAAUUCACUGUUGAUGCCUCGAUGGUGGCUGUUUCCUGUGGAGAAUUGCUGGAAACCAUCUACACACAUGACAUGAGAAAGAAGACUUUUCACUACGUCCUACCCAUCCCCACUGCAGCCCCUAACAUCUCUCUGGCUGUGGGGCCUUUUGAAAUUCUGGUGGAUCCUUACAUGCAUGAGGUGACCCAUUUUUGCCUGCCUCAGCUGUUGCCUCUGCUCAAGCACUCCAUGUCGUACCUUCAUGAGAUUUUUGAGUUUUAUGAAGAAAUUCUGACGUGUCGGUACCCAUAUGCCUGUUUUAAGACAGUCUUUGUAGAUGAAGCCUAUGUGGAAGUGUCCUCCUAUGCCUCAAUGAGCAUCUUCAGUACCAACUUGCUGCACAGUGCCAUGAUCAUUGACCAGACCCCUCUAACCCGUCGCUGUUUGGCCCAGGCUUUGGCUCAGCAGUUCUUUGGUUGCUUCAUCUCCAGGAUGUCUUGGGCUGAUGAGUGGGUGUUAAAAGGCAUAUCCGGGUACAUCUAUGGCCUUUACCUGAAGAAGACCUUUGGAGUCAAUGAGUACAGGCACUGGAUCAAACAGGAGCUUGACAGGAUAGUUGAAUAUGAGCUCAAGAUGGGAGGUGUUCUGUUGCAUCCAACCUUUGGGGGAGGGAAAGAGAAAGACAAUCCAACUCCUCACCUUCACUUCUCCAUCAAACAUCCACACACACUGUCCUGGGAAUACUUCAAAAUGUUCCAGUGUAAAGCCCACCUUGUGAUGAGGCUAAUUGAAAACCGCAUCAGUAUGGAGUUCAUGUUACAGGUCUUCAACAAGCUCUUGAGUUUGGCCAGUACUGCGUCCUCACAGAAAUACCAGAGCCACAUGUGGAGCCAAAUGCUGCUGUCCACCCAUGCUUUUCUCAAAUCCAUCUCCAACGUCUCAGGCAAAGACAUAGGACCCCUCAUCAAACAAUGGGUGGACCAGAGCAGUGUGGUGAAAUUCUUUGGCAGUUUUGCCUUCAACAGGAAAAGAAAUGUUUUGGAGCUGGAGAUCCGUCAGGACUACACUUCGUCAGGAACUCAGAAAUAUGUGGGUCCUAUUAAGGUGACUGUGCAGGAAUUAGACGGCUCCUUCAACCACACUCUGCAGAUAGAAGAGAACAGCCUUAAGCAUGACAUCCCCUGCCACUCCAAGAGCAGAAGGAACAAGAAGAAAAAGAUUCCUCUGAUGAAUGGAGAAGAAGUGGACAUGGAUUUGUCUGCUAUGGAUGCUGACUCCCCUCUCCUGUGGAUCCGCAUUGAUCCAGACAUGUCCAUUUUGAGGAAGGUUGAAUUUGAACAAGCAGAUUUCAUGUGGCAGUACCAGCUCCGAUAUGAGAGGGAUGUGGUGGCACAGGUUGAGUCCAUUGUUGCGCUGGAGAAGUUUCCAACUCCUGCCUCCAGACUGGCUUUGACGGACAUAUUGGAGCAGGACCAGUGCUUCUACAAAGUCCGCAUGCAAGCCUGCUUUUGCCUGUCUAAGAUUGCAAAUUCCAUGAUGAGCACGUGGCAGGGUCCUCCAGCGAUGAAGUCCUUGUUUACCAGGAUGUUCUGCUGCAAGAGCUGCCCGAACAUCGUAAAAACUAACAACUUCAUCAACUUUCAGAGCUACUUCCUGCAAAAGACAAUGCCUGUUGCUAUGGCUUUACUCAGAGAUGUCCAGAACCUCUGCCCUAAAGAUGUCCUCAACUUCAUACUCGACCUUAUAAAGUAUAAUGACAACAGAAAGAACAAGUUUUCAGAUAACUAUUACCGAGCAGAUCUGAUAAAAGCUCUGACCAACUCGCUCACACCAGCCAUUAGCAUUAACAACGAGGCCCGGACAGUGGUCAGUCUGAAUCCUGAUGUUCGUCUCAUUCUGGAGGAAAUCACACGGUUCCUCAACAUGGAAAAACUACUGCCCAGUUUCAGAAACACAAUCACUGUCAGUUGUCUUCGAGCGAUUCGUGAGCUGCAGAAAAAUGGUCAUAUUCCCAGUGAUCCAUCUCUGUUUAAGUCCUACGCUCAGUACGGACACUUUGUGGAUGUCCGGGUGGCUGCACUGGAUGCUCUCAUAGACUAUACAAGAGUUGAGCAGAGUGCAACAGAGCUGCAGUGGCUGCUUGACAUGGUUCAAAAUGAUCCAGUUCAUUAUGUCAGGCACAGGAUUUUGGGGAUGCUGUGUAAAAAUCCUCCUUUCACAAGAACGUCAGACUCAGUCCUGUGUAAUGAAGCUUUGGUCGACCAGCUCUGGAAACUCAUGAACUCUGGUACUUCUCAUGACUGGAGACAGCGCUGCGAUGCGGUGAACCUUUACUACACGCUGUUUGGUCUGACCCGCCCCUCGUGUCUGCCGCUCCCUGAGCUGGGCCUCGUGUUGAACCUGAAGGAGAAGAAAGCCGUUCUGAACCCCACCAUCAAACCUGAGCUGGGUGGAGCCACCGUCAUAGACACGCCCGCUAGCAUCGGUAUCCAUGGAGUCGGCAUGAGCUAUACCACUGUGGAUGAGGAGCCUGACCCAGUGUCAUUGGGCGUAUGUGGAGUGGGGCAGCCUCCUCCAGGGCUGAAGAGGAAAGCAGAAACUCCCCUAGGCUCACCCCCCGAGCCCGGACAGGUACUGCAGCCACAGGACGAUGACGCUAGAGGAGGACGCUUCAAGAUCAGGUUCAACGCAAUGGAGGAUGAAGAUAUUGACAUGGAGACAGUCCAUGACAGCCAGGCUUUCAUUCAUCAUCAUCUGAAUCUGUUGGAGAGACCUUCUACACCAGGAAAAGAGCCUCCGUCAGUGGAACAAUCCAUGCUGUCGAUGCCUGCUACACCUGCGCCAGUCUUCUCCAAAGAGACCACCUCCUCUUCCUCGAAGCACGGGGGCGAUCACGGGCACCACCACCACCACCACCACCACGAACACAAGAAGAAGAAGAAGAAACACAAGCAUAAGCAUAAACAUAAGCACAAACACGAGAGUAAGGACAAGGACAAAGACCGAGACAACGCACACAUCUACAGUAACAGCCCUGCCAGUGGACGCUCCCUCAGAUCGCCAUCGCUUUCUGACUGAAGAGGGAAGUCAGGGCUCCAGUAAUCAGCUGUGAGUAUUUAGAACAUAAUGGUGACAUGUUAAGUGUAAAUAACAGUUUUUUACCUCCAGUCUCCCAGUGUUUAGUAUCCAGCAAUAUCCAACUUUGACUAACAGAUUCCAAAUGGCCAGCUUUGGUAUAAAAAUAACAGUACAUCUUAGCGGCUUCAGGACACCACAAUUGUUAUAUUACUGUGAAUGGGAAAGUGGAUGUUAAAUUAAGACUGCUAUUUCAAGAGUCUUUCUGUCAACAAUUACACCAUAGCACAACAAAGCUGCCUCUGGAUGUUGUUUGAAAUGUACACCUUUUAAGGUACUCAUAAAAUGGUUAAAAAUGGUAUGGGAAAAUAACUUUGGACAGAAACUCAACAAAGUCCAAUAAUUCAACAAAACAAAGAGAGACUCAGAAUAUUUGUACAAGGCAAACCCUAACUCUUAAAAAUAUGCAAACUUCUUAAAGGGCUUAUAUAGGGCAAUCUGAUCUAUGUUUCUUAUCUAUGUUGUGUUUCUUCAUCAAAAACAUAACUGCAGUUGUGUUUUGUUUCAUUCACACAUGUUUAACACAUAAAACCAUGCAUAUUUAGCCUAAGUUCUGAGUUCUCUCAAAUGAAAAACACAGUUCCACCUUAUUAUGUCUUAUGGUUAUGCAGGAAGUGCUCCACUGUGUUUUUAAACUCUGUAUACCUUCUCUGGAAUCAUUUGUAUGAUUUCAGCCCUGGAACUGCCAGUCUCUGUUAAACUAAAGGUAAAAGGUAGCUGUUAACAUGAAAACUAAUUGCUUCAUAUGACAUCACAAGGUGGGAAUUACACAAACAUGUGUGAAAGAAACAAAACACAGUGUUUUAGACAAUGUAACAACAUUAUAGGACUUAUUUAUGUGGAUACUGUAUUAAACAUUCACAAAAAAACUAAAAUUCUUAUCUAAAAAUUAGAUUCAUGCAAGGAAAAACUGGUUUGCAAUCCCAAAACAUCUGUAUUUGGUAAUGAGUGGCAGGUGAGAUGUGAUGUUGUUUGGACACAUGUUAGCGGCAGGUGUGAGCAGACUACAGCCAACCCCUUGUGGUGCCAUCAGGAGCACGCUGUAAUACAUGUCUGACCAGGGCCCCACAAAUACCUACUAAAACUGAGGCUGCACUGUUAAAAAGGUAAAAACUCACUCUCAUACAUGCACUCGACGCUUGCCCCGUUGGAUUUCGUGCACUUUUAACACCGCUUCCAGGCUGUCUGAGGCAUUCUGACCGCACUCGCCUCUGUCCAAACACACGGUUGGGUUUAUAGCGCCCCCCUCAGCGCAGAUACCACUCCACGUCCCCCGUCGCCUGAACCAUAGUCCCUGCCGAAGCUCCGUGGUCUGAGGUAAAUGAUGGAUUGCAGUUUGAAACGUUGUCUGAACUGGACAGUACCUGGAGUUUCUGCUAAAGACAUUUCCUUCCCCUUUAGAUCACUGUACUUUUCAAAUGAGUCAUAUUAAUGUGGUUUUAUUAAUACUCUGCCAAUUUGUUGAUUAAAGAGAUUUUUGUACUUACAA